AUGUCAAAGAUAGAGUCGGUUUUAAUUAUUGGUGGCUCUGGUUUCCUCGGAUUACACUUAAUCCAGCAAUUUUUUGAUAUCAAUCCCAAACCAGAUAUACACAUUUUUGAUGUUAGGGAUCUCCCUGAAAAAUUGUCGAAACAAUUUACUUUCAAUGUCAAUGAUAUAAAAUUUCAUAAGGGUGAUUUGACGUCUCCCAAUGAUAUGGAAAAUGCUAUCAAUGAAAGUAAAGCAAAUGUCGUUGUUCAUUGUGCAUCUCCAAUGCAUGGUCAAAACCCAGAUAUUUACGACAUAGUGAACGUUAAGGGAACCCGUAAUGUGAUAGACAUGUGCAAGAAAUGUGGUGUCAAUGUACUUGUAUAUACGUCCUCCGCUGGUGUUAUUUUCAACGGGCAGGAUGUGCACAAUGCAGAUGAAACCUGGCCAAUCCCAGAAGUUCCUAUGGAUCCAUAUAAUGAGACAAAAGCUGUCGCCGAAAAUAUGGUCUUGAAAGCAAAUGACCCAGACAAUGAUUUUUACACUGUUGCUCUUCGCCCAGCUGGUAUUUUUGGCCCAGGGGAUAGACAAUUGGUGCCUGGUCUUAGACAAGUUGCAAAAUUGGGGCAAUCAAAGUUUCAAAUUGGUGACAAUAACAAUCUGUUCGAUUGGACUUACGCUGGAAAUGUCGCUGACGCCCAUGUAUUAGCUGCACAAAAACUGCUUGAUCCAAAAACAAGGACAGAGGUCUCUGGUGAAACUUUCUUCAUUACCAACGACACCCCCACUUAUUUUUGGGCCCUGGCUCGUACAGUUUGGAAAGCAGAUGGUCACGUUGCUAAGCAUGUUAUUGUUCUGAAAAGACCAAUUGCUAUUUGUGCUGGCUACCUAUCAGAAUGGGUGUCCAAGUUACUAGGUAAAGAACCUGGUUUGACCCCAUUUAGAGUCAAGAUUGUGUGUGCAUACCGUUAUCAUAACAUUGCUAAGGCUAAGAAGUUGUUAGGUUAUACGCCAAGAGUCGGUAUCGAAGAAGGCAUUAAUAAAACAUUAGCUUGGAUGGACGAAGAUUUGUAA